UGAGAGGUGAGGAUGAUGGUUUGCAAGCAUGCAGUGAUCGCGGGAACGACUCUGCGGUUUAUUUAUAAAGUACCUGGUGUGAGAAUUGCACGUGGAUUCUUCGGUAACAUGGGACCCCUCGAGACUGCCAAGAAAGCCGCUGCUUACAAAGCUGUUGAUGAAUUUGUCAAGACUAAUAGUGUUGUGGGAAUUGGGAGUGGAUCCACCGUAAUUUAUGCGGUACUCAGAAUCGUUGAAAGAGUGAAAGAAGAACAGUUAAAAAUCGUCUGUGUGCCCACGUCGUUCCAAGCUCGCCAGCUGAUUGUCAACAAUCAUCUGGUGUUGGGGGAUCUUGAGACACACCCCAGGAUAGAUUGUGUGAUUGAUGGCGCCGAUGAAGUUGACAAGGAUCUGAAUCUCAUAAAGGGAGGAGGUGGUUGUCUCUUACAGGAGAAAAUCAUCGCCUCCUGCUCAGAGGAAAUGAUUGUCAUUGCUGAUUAUACAAAAAACUCUGAAAAAUUGGGACAGCAGUACAAGAAGGGAAUUCCAAUCGAAGUCAUUCCAAUGGCAUAUGUUGCCAUUCAACAGAAAAUCGAAGAUAAUUAUGGGGGCAUGGCUAAAAUUAGAAUGGCCAUUGCCAAAGCAGGACCAGUGGUUACUGACAAUGGGAAUUUUAUUCUGGAUUGGCACUUCUCAGACGAUCUCGACAAAUCAUGGAAGGUCAUAAAUUCUGAAAUUAAGAUGAUUCCUGGAGUUGUCGAGACUGGUCUCUUCAUAAACAUGGCUAAAAAAGUGUACUUUGGGAUGGCUGAUGGAACCGUCACUGAGCAGUCUCUCGAUGCAUAGAAUUAAACAACGAUUGUUUAUUGCUGAUAGCUUUAUUUUUAUAUUCUUAACAUUUUCGGCGACGAACACACAUAUUUUCGUGUCUAUUAAGGGCUCUCAGGUCUCCUUUGCUCAAUUGCCUUCUGGUCUCACUGGUUGGGAACUGAUAUUUCUCUUAAGAUUACUUUCUACGAAUUCACAGUACUUGCAGUGCAACCAAGUUCAGGGAUUAUCUUUAUAUUCUACCAAAAACGUUUGAAUGAAGUUGAUGUUUUGUAAUAAUUUUAUGUAAAGUCUUGAUCGUACUCCUCAGAUUUCUAUCUCUAUCUGGAUCUGUUCUUUUAGAGAUUGCUGAGAAUCAUAAAAGUUUCUGAGAAUAAUAAAUUUUAAAUUUCA